UGGUCCUCUCCAGCCCACCCACUAUUUGUUCUCUGCACCCACAACGAACACAAGCUGUGGUCAAGGAUACAACAGCUCGUCUCCUCAAUGGUCUCCGCGGACGAACGCCCCUUCGAUGUCAUUCCUUUCGAGGAUAUCAAGGGAAACUGGAAGAAGCUAGGCUCCGGCUCAUUCGGGAAUGUGUAUAAAGGAACGUAUCUCGGAAUCGAGGUGGCAAUUAAGGAGGUGCUGCCUUCAAACGAUUAUGAUGUUGCCAAAUACUUCGAAAGAGAAUGGAGGCUGAUGAAAGAAUGCCGCCAUCCAAAUGUUGUUCUUUACCUUGGACUUUCCCGAGCUCCUGAACCCGAUGGUCGUAUUUUUAUUAUUUCCGAGUUUAUUGAAAAUGGUAAUCUGCGUCAAUAUAUUCACGACAAGUCGAAGCCAUUCCCUUGGAAGCUGCGCAUUUCUUUUGCCACCGAUAUUGCCCGUGCAUUGGCAUACUUACAUGCACGCAAGUGUAUUCAUCGCGACCUAAAGGGAGAGAACUUGCUUGUCACCACAAAUGGACGUCUCAAGAUUACAGACUUCGGCUUUGCACGCAUUGCUGCGCGCAAUGCGGAAGAACUCAAGCGACUUACCUUCUGCGGAACAGAUGCAUACAUGUCUCCUGAAAUUCUCAUCGGCAACGAGUUUGGGCUAUCCACGGACAUUUACUCUCUUGGGAUUAUCUUGUGUGAAAUCGGCGCACGGAAGCUUGCGGAUGACUAUACUUUCAAGCGUGCAGCGCCAUCAUUUGGUAUCGACAUAAAUGAAGUGCGGAGACUCGUCGGAUCAAGCCCGGGCUGUCCAGCUGCCUAUCAACAACUAGUGUUAGACUGUCUGGUGGAAGAUCCUCCUCGCCGACCGGAUAUCCUAAGUAUACUUGGACGGCUGCGAGACAUCGAAUUAGAGGUUUUGUCCCGUCCUUCCGAGGCGGAUGACGUACAUGUCGGCAGCGUCAAGUUUAUCGCAGGAAAUAAGAGGCCUCCUAUGGGUCCGCGUAUUCCAAGCUUUGGAAUGGGCGUAGGAAAGGACAUUGGGCGUAAUGGCCAAAGGUCGUCAGAUGAUUCAAGCGAUGACGAUGAGAGUAGUGAUGAAGAACAGCUAAUUGAGGCCAUUAAAUCACUAGACGUUGACUUGGACGGCUCGAGUCAGCACGCUUUGCUUGGCAGCCACGGAACUCAUAGUGACUAUAGUACGACCGUCGUCCGCCAACAUCCUCACCAGGCGACCAAUACAGUUCCACCUUCGUUAUCCUCUAUACUCACGAUCCGAUCUCCUCAGCCAACAGAAACGGGCCAGGAGGUAUUACCUGCUGCAGACACUAUCAAGUCUUUCGACUCUUUCCAUACCGCCGCAUCUUCAAUUUCCAUUGCUGCGGCGACAGAGGGUAGCUCCUUCGAGACGUCUACAAUACGCGGCGCUGGCGGACCUCCGUCCACACUUAUUCAUCGCUUUACGUUGAUAAAACCAGGUGUGAAACGGCAAGCUCAUUCUCCGAAUGCUAGAGUUGGAAGCCCUGCAAGGGACGAACCGAGUAGUCCGAGUGAUGGACAGGCGUGGAGCCCGUUCAGCUUCUUUUUCUCGAGUACGUUCGCGGCGAAGUGUGAUAUAUGCGCGAAGAGACUGGGCUGGAAGCCGGUUCUCGAAUGCGAUGACUGUGGGUUAAGAGCGCAUAUUAAAUGUGGUGAAGUCGCACCAAUGGAUUGUGGGUUACGCCCUGCCAGACCGCGCGUUCCACAGACCUUUUUGCCUGCCUCGCCUCUGUCAAGGGCGAAACUUGCUGGGAAGUCGGCUCCGAACUCGCCUUCGCCUUCGCCGAAACGAUAGAAGUUGCUUUUCUGUCCAGCUACAGUUCAACUGCUUUUCACGAAGUGCACUACAAGGCCUUUUCUUAUGACGCAUUACGACUUUUGUCACGACACGCAUUCUACUAGUUUUUGCAUUUUGAGCUUUGAUUUGUAAAAUAGGAACUGACAUGGACCUGUCAUACCAUUCUCUCUCGCAGUGUUUCUCGUCCUAUUUAUCGCCCUAUCCAUUCGCAUUCGAUGAUGUUGUAGU